AAAGUCUUAACUUUCAUUUCUCUUCUGGCUCACCAGAGAUCAUAUUUAGUGACCGAAUCCUCAGAACACUUACUGUGGCCUCAAUUUGCUCCUCUCCACAGAGUCGGGAAUCUCUUGGUUGUCCUCUGAAGGUGUGAGAACAAAUUUAGAAGGCAAAGUCUGGAGGAAUUUAAAGAAAAAACUCUACUCUGGAGUCAGGAAAGACCCAGAGUCACAGCAACAAUGGCCUCAUCAGUCCUGUUGAUGAUCAAGGAAGAGGUGACCUGUCCUAUCUGCCUGGAGCUGCUGAAGGAACCUGUGAGUGCUGAUUGUGACCAUAGCUUCUGCCGAGCCUGCAUCACACUGAACUAUGAGUCUAGCAAAGUCAAAGAAGGUGUGGGUAUCUGCCCUGUAUGCCGACUUACUUACCUGUUUGAGAAUCUGAGGCCUAAUCGGCAUGUGACCAACAUAGUAGAAAGGCUCAAGGAGUUCAAGUCCAGCCCAGAGGAGGAGCAGAAGGUUCAUGUCUGUGCUCAACAUGGAGAAAAACUCCAGCUCUUCUGUGAGAAGGACAUGGUGGCCAUCUGCUGGCUUUGUGAGAGGUCUCAGGAUCACCUUGGUCACCAAACAGCUCUCCUUGAGGAGGUGGCCUAUAAGUAUGAGGGAAUGCUCCAGGCAGUUCUGCAGACACAGAUGGCAAAUGAGAAAAGAUGUGAUGAAUGGGAAAGUGACCUUCAAAAGGAGAUAACAUACUGGGAGGACCAAAUACACAGUGAGGAAGAAAAUGUUCAGAUGGAGUUUAAAGGACUGCAGGAGUUCCUGGACUCCACGAAGAAGAAUGAGCUGCAGAAGUUGAUGCAAGAGAAGGAAGACAUUAUGAACAGCCUGUCAGAGUCUCAAAAUGAGCUGGUGAAGCAGAGGGAGGCAGUGAGAGACCUCAUCUCAGAUGUGGAGCAUCAGUUGCAGUGCUCAACCAUGGAAAUGCUGCAGGGUGUGAAUUCUGUCCUAAAAAGGAGUCAGACCUUAAGAGUGAUACUACCCACAAUGGUCCCAAGAAAACAGAGAAGGGUCUUCCGAGCUCCAGAUGUGAAAGGCAUGCUGCAAGUGUUUCAAGGCCUCAUGGAUGCCCAACGCUACUGGGUUCAUGUGACCCUGCGUCAAGUGCAAAAUAAAAAUGUUGUCAUUAACAUGGAAAAAAGACAAAUACAUCAAUACGGUCAUAGAAGAAAUUUGCAAGAUUAUGAGACCUACGAUUUAGGUGUCCUUGGAAUUCCAGCCAUCCAAUCAGGGAAAUGUUACUGGGAAGUAGAUGUGUCUAGAAGUGAUAACUGGCUCCUAGGAUUAAAUGAUGGAAAAUGUGCUCAACCCAAACUUCAUUCACAGAAUAAAAAGGGCAUCAAAGUCAAACAGAAUUUUGGUGUUAAACAACAUGGAAAUUAUCAACCUAAUUUAUGUAAUUCAUUCAAAUUUUAUGGUGAUUAUGAACAAGAUUAUUAUCAGCCUCAAUAUGAAAUUAAAGACAAUUCUGAUGCUGGUCAGCAUGUAAAUUAUCAACCUAAACAUGGCUACUGGGUUAUAGGUAAGAGGAAUAGGUCAGGAUAUAAUGCCUUUGAAGAGUGUUCUGUCACCCACAAUGCAAGUGUCUUGGUCCUCUCUCUGAUUCCUCCUCCUAGUCGUGUUGGAGUUUUCCUGGACAGAGAAGCUUGUACUCUCUCAUUUUAUGAUGUUUCUAACCAUGGAGCACUCAUCUAUAAAUUCUAUGAACCUUCCUUCCCUAAAUCAGUGUAUCCAUAUUUUAAUCCUAUGGAAUCAUCAGAGCCAAUGACAGUCUGUGGGCCACCAUCCUAAACCCUCACCUAUAUCUGUACAGUGCCCCUAGGCCUCAUGUGUACCAUAUGCCUGAACUCUGUGGGAUCAUAACUCUUUUUCUAUAUUUGGUUGCAGGGAACCUUGGGGUUGCCUUGGCCUAGCUGCUUUGAGAAGCAUAUGCCAUAGGUUUCCCAGGUUAGAGUCCAUGGCUCCUGGGGUACAAUGUGACAUCCAUUUCCUGAGAGACCAAUGCACUCCUUCAGGCAGUGAAGUGUUCAGGUCAUUGUAGGAUUCUCUGUAUGUUCCAUUAGUAUUCAAGGAACCAGGGAUGCUUGACAGCAUGAUUGGUCUUAGACAUUAAUCUUGUGUACCCUGUAUGACUUUCAACCUUGUUUCCUGCAAAUACAACUGUAUUGAUCCUGGAGAUUUCCAUUAUAUUCUGUUUCUGAUAAAGGUAUAAAAAGACUGAUUGCUCUCAAUAAAAUGUCACAGCUUUAGUCUUGCUGUGGCUCCUCCAGUGUAAGCCUGGUUUCAUUCCUUGUGGCCAUACCAGGUGACCUAGGUCAGUAAGUAAGCACUGGUACCACUUCUCAUAGGAACAGUAUGGAUUCUUCAGUUGCUUGCCUGUCUGCAAGGCAAUAGUAACUCAUCAUCUUCCUUAUUAAGAGAGGUAAGAUGUUUGCUACCCUCCACCUCCUGUUUUGUGGUACCACAGAUGGGAUCCAGGGUCUUGUACAUGCUGAGGAGAUAGUCUGCCACUGAGUCACUUGUCUCAGCUCAGCCAUGUCUCCACAACCACAUUCCUCUGUCACUGAAAAAAGAUAAAAGAAAGGUCUUGUCCAGCUCAUCUAUUAGUUUUGGAAUUUAUAUGUAGGAGUCUCUAUCAUAGGAAUGAGCCCUUAGUGGUAAAACAGUUUAAUCACAAUGCUUGUGCUUCAUCAGAACUUAAGCUGGAAACAUCUCUGAUGGUACCCACUAAGAUUGUGUGUUCAGAGUACCUGGUUCUAUCUAUUCCUGCCACUCGACAUAGCAAUGUCACCCUGAAUAACAUCCUCAAAAGCCUAUGCUUUGUGGAUUUUUUUUUUGUUUUGGUUUUUUGUUUGUUUGUUUGGAUUAUAUUGUUUGUUGGUUUUCUUUACAAUUUCACACAUACUACGUAGGUCAGUAAAAGAAAAUAAAUUUUAAAUCUGUUAGAAGAUUCUGAGGGUAAAAGCAUUUUCCUCAAAGACUUCAGUACAGUCAUUUAAUCCACAUGAUAGAAGGAGACAGCCAGCAUGUACAGAUUAACCUCUAUGUUCAUCCAUAUGCUACAGUACACACAGGUGUAGGCACAUACAUAAAUGUAAAAUGAAUUAUGUAAUUUUUUUUAAAAAAAAGAUAAAAUUGGUUGCAUAUAAUGUGCUCAUUGCACACUCUGUAAAUGGUUGGUCUGUUAAUCACUGGGGAGAUGUCCUGGACUGGUGUUUUGUGCAAAUAUGGUUACCUGGGAGGAACAAAGAUUUCACUUUCCUAAUGUCUUGCUGUUAGAUACUGGAAUCUGCCAUCAGGUCUACUCAAAUACGUUGUAGAUAUGUAUGAUUAUUUUUUGGUUUUCACAUUCAUUUUUUGAGACGUUAAUUGUUGUGGAAGUCUACUUGUUUCUUGUCAAGUAUGUUAAAUCCUAUCAUUUUCCAUUCUACAGUGAAUGAUAGUGAUGACAAUGAUACCUGUAAACUUAGUGCUAUAUUGUGAAAUGUAAACUACAGAAUGUAUUUAGGAACUUAUGGCAUGUAAGUGGUAUUCCCUUGGUGUCUGUUUUGUCUCCUUCUCACUGUGAUGGUAAUAAAGGAUUAUUGAGAUUGAGUACCAGAA